GCGCGGCCGAGGCAGUCGCAGCGGGGCCAUCUUCGGCGGGCGGGCGGGCUCGGACUGUGCAGCCCGCAACUGUGCCCCUCGCCCGGCCCGAUGGCGCCGCGGCCGCUGGGCCCCCUGGUGCUGGCGCUGGGCGGCGCCGCGGCAGUGCUGGGCUCGGUGCUCUUCAUCCUUUGGAAGACCUACUUCGGCCACGGCCGGGAGCGGCGCUGGGACCGAGGCGAGGCCUGGUGGGGCGCGGAGGCUCCCCGCCUCCCCGAGUGGGACGAGUGGGACCCCGAGGACGAGGAGGACGAAGAGCCAGCGCUAGAGGAGCUGGAGCAGCGCGAGGUGCUGGUGCUGGGGCUGGAUGGCGCGGGCAAGAGCACGUUCUUGCGCGUCCUGUCGGGGAAGCCACCGCUGGAAGGACACAUCCCCACGUGGGGCUUCAACUCCGUGCGGCUGCCCACCAAGGACUUUGAGGUGGACCUGCUAGAAAUUGGUGGCAGCCAGAACCUGCGCUUCUACUGGAAGGAGUUUGUGAAUGAGGUGGAUGUGCUGGUGUUUGUGGUGGACUCAACUGACCGACUGAGGCUGCCCUGGGCCCGACAGGAGCUGCACAAGCUGCUGGACAAGGACCCUGACCUACCUGUCGUCGUGGUGGCCAACAAGCAGGACCUGAGCGAGGCCAUGAGUAUGGUGGAGAUGCAGCAGGAGCUGGGCCUGCAGGCUAUUGAUAGCCAGCGGGAGGUUUUCCUCUUGGCGGCCAGCAUUGCCCCCGCAGGACCCAGCUCUGAAGAGCCUGGCACCGUGCACAUCUGGAAACUGCUCUUGGAGCUUCUCUCCUAGGCUGGAGCUCUCCUGCUCACCGCCUGCCCAUGAAGACCACAGUUGUACUGCUGCUGCUUCAUUGUCAGACUGGGCCUGGGGCAAGAGCAACAUGGCAGCAUUUCCCUUCUCCCCUCAUUCCCCUCUCGAGAGCAGGACCUGGGUAAGGCUAAGAACCAUGCAGAAGCCUUCAUGGUGAGGUGACUGUGAAGCUGAAGCAGGGAGGUGGGUGAGAGAGGGUGGGGAGGAUAAUGUCUGGCUCAUUCCAGACUGGAAUGUGGAUCCAGCUUUCCCUUCUCUUACCUGUACAGUGAGAUGCUCAGUGGACUCAAUCCUUCCCUCCUUACAGUCCCAGCAGCCGAGGAAUUAGUGUAGGUGUCAGAAACAUUCCUAGAGCCUCAAGGUCUCCCAGUCUAGACUGUUCCCUCCUGGUGACGUCAUGCCCUUCUCACGUGGGCAGCUUCUGAGCGGUAACACAGCAAGCCUUUGCUCCCAGUCCUGCAUUGUACAGCCCCAGCUCUACGUAAAUGACUUGUGGCCUUGUGCAAUCUCUGCCUCUCUGGCCCCAGGGCCAUUAUUUUUAAACAGAGGUGGUUUCCUGAUUCGGAGAUGCCUUUCCCAGCCAUGGGAGUGUGAAGUGCUAGGAUGAACCUGGCGAUCCUAGUAAGGAGCUUUCUGAAGACCUCCCUGCUUUUCCCUGAGCCCAGGUCUGGUCUGCCAACCUCUCUUGACUACAGAAUAACUGAUAUUCACCGACCAAACAGAAAAAGUGAAGGCUGGGAUUUUUUCCCACUAAUCUGGCGACAAGCUGCUGCUCUUGUACUAACUGUGCCAAUGCCCAUGUUUACAGAAGUCAGGGGAGUGAACGAGCCUGUGUCCCUGGGAAGACGGUCAACUGGAGCUAGGUGUUGACCUCAGAACUGCAUUUUAUUUAUUAAUUUAUAAGAGAAACAGGCCAGAAUUCUAGGCUCUGUUUCUAGGUGCUGUUAUCAAAACCCCAGAUGAUAGUGAUAGAAAAUCUAGAACUUAGGAAAAUAGCUGGAAUCAUGAAUGACAAUGAGAGAUUACAUACAGAUGUCAAUGGAGACAAAGUUGUAGGCUUCCUCCUACCACCUGGCCUUUGAGGCUGUCGUUGAUACCGUAGUACUUUACGUGGAUUCACAUGAACUGAAACUCUACCAUUUGGCCUAGGAUGUUGAAAGGCUGCAAACUCCUACUGGGUAGAUAACAAAUGACUCUGGGAGAGGAUCUCCAUUAUGUGAAUCUAGGUAAAAAGAUGGGGAAAAAAUUGUAUUAUGCGAUCCUAAGGAUAGGAAUAGUAGACCAGCCAACAGGAUGGCCUUGGGUACAUCACUCAGUCUUUCUGGACUCAUUUUUUCCCCAGUGAAAGCCAAGUUGGACUGAAUUUCUGGACUUCUCAUCAGUGCACAUUCUGUGGUUCUCCAGCACUUGGUGGUCAGUCCAGUUUGAGGACUGGCUGUGUACUGACAUUUAUUGUUGGUACAGGCAAAGAGGAGCCUGUUGUCUGUUAGGGGCCACUAAAUAAUCAACAACCACAAAUGGAUUUUUUUUUUUUAAGGAAAGCUGUCCAGCUCAAUUUGCUGUCUGGUUGAGAAUAGAGAUGUGUGCCUUCAUUUCAUUUGACAUUUACCCAGCAUGCCUCAGUUCCACACUGUGACCAGUGCAAGAAGAGGAACUCUGAUAAAAAUAGUUCAACAGGCAGGAAGGAAGGUGGGAAAUACUGAAGUCCAGAAGUGAAUGUGAUCGUUGGAAGAGUGGCUGCCGUGCCCUUGGGCUCCAUACACAUCAGAGUAGAAUCACUGUUCUUUAAAGUGCUGGUUCACUUUCUGCAGUAAGAAGUGAUUUAUGUGCUCUUAUAUAAAACUUUAAGGAAUGACUUGGGUUUUAGAGUAGCCUUUGAAACUUUGCUGGCAGCUUUUCAUUUUGUCAUUGGAAGGGUAAGAGACUUUUCUCCUUUGUUAUAUGAGCUCCUUAUUCUUCAGUGCUUGAAGGUGUUAACAAAAAAAAAAUCUUAGACAACUUUAACAGAGUUUAAAAACUGUUCUGUUUUUGAGCAGAAAAAAGAUUCAUUAACAGAGUAGUAUCUAGGAUGGAAAGCAGUUCAGAAUGCUCAGUGUGUGUAGGCCAUAUUUAUAGCCAGAGAAAUGAAAAUGACUUAGAUUGUCUGAUUGGCUACAGUCUGGCAUUUGCCUUAUUUGGACAUAUUUUAGCAGCCUUCAGCCUAUGAUUAGACUGAAGGUUUGGCUGCUGUGAUUGGCUAAAAUUCGGCUACUUGUUAGAACAUGCUUUUAGGUUAGGUUAGGGGUUGUUUACACUUUAAAUUACAAUUCACUGUGUACAAAGGCAGCUUUAGGCCAGACUUAAUUCAGCUUAACAAUUUCCCCCAUUUUGGUCAGCCUCUUAAUUUUGAGAGAUUGAUAAUUCCAGGCACUGACACUACCUUCUAGCACUGUCAUAAGAGACUUGUUUGAUCUCAUUAUGGAAUUCACAGUUUAUAAUGUUAGAGGAUUCUUCAUGUCUUCAUGUUUUUGUUACUCUAAUCGUAAUGAAACCGUUUGAGGUACAAAGGAUGGCUGCAUUGGCGUAUUUAAGACUAUAGCACAUCAGUGAGGACCUUAGGAUGGCUAUCAGGAGCAUCAUACCAAGAAACUGCAAUGCAUUCCUUAAUAUGAGUCUCCACAAACCAAACUGAUCAGAAUCAAACAGCUCAAGUUCAGAUGAUAAAAAUAGUUCAAUGGCAUUCAAGCUCUGUUGUUCAUAGUCUUUGUUCAGGGCAUAAUGGCAACUAAGGACCUAGUUCACUAUGAAGUAGCUUAAUUUUAAAGUUUGAUUUUUUAGUUAGCUUGGUAACACAAGUCAUAGUUUUUGGGAUAGCCACUAAAAAGAAACAUAAAGAUUAGAAAACCUUGAAUAGUUAAGCUUGCUAUCUACCAUUCAGGAUGCCUACAAACCAGCCACUCUCUGUUCUGCAAACACAUUAUGUGUUCCUUUUUCUUGAGAAAUGUCCUUGAUGUGUUUGGUGGCAGUAUCUACAGAAGUGACAGUCACCACUGACUUUUUUUUUUUUUUUU